CGAUUUGUGAAAAUUAUAGAAGCAAAGAUUAAUCCUCAUAAUCGUACUAAAAAUAAAUAAAUCUUCCUAUUUUUAAGUAUAAUAAAUAAAUAUUUAUAAUCGGAUCUAGGGAGUAAACAGGUUCGGGUAGAAAAUAGCGGUACCCAUAACCCGAGUGAAAACGGAUCCAACCGGAAUCUGGAAAGUUCCACGUCUUUCUAGCAUAUCCCACCGUGAUAAUUUCCAGAGCCAUCUUUUGCCACAUCAAAAUCUCCACCAUCAUCAUUCGAUCAGAUUAAACCCUGAAAAAACACAGCUCUUGCACCGUAAUUCCGUUUUAGAAUUUGUAUACAAAACAGCGAAGUAUAUCUUUCAUUUGUAAUUAAGAACACAGAUAUUUUCGAAGAGAUGGGUGCGGAUUAUUACAAGGUGUUGCAGGUUGACAGGAACGCAAACGACGACGAUUUGAAGAAAUCUUACAGGAAGCUUGCAAUGAAGUGGCACCCUGAUAAGAAUCCCAACAACAAGAAAGAUGCCGAGGCCAAAUUCAAACAGAUUUCCGAAGCUUAUGAGGUUCUGAGUGAUCCGCAGAAGAGGGCUGUAUAUGAUCAGUACGGCGAAGAAGGUUUGAAAGGUCAAAUGCCGCCGCCGCCGUCUGACGGCGGUGGUCCAGGCGGCGCGACGUUCUUCCAAACAGGGGACGGACCAAACGUGUUCAGAUUCAACCCCAGGAAUGCAGAUGAAAUAUUUUCGGAGUUCUUUGGGUUUUCAGGCCCGUUUGGAGGUAUGGGAGGCGGUGGUGGUGGUGGUGGUGGGAUGAGGAGUGGUGGUACAAGGUUUUCCGGUGGUUCCAUGUUUGGAGAUGAUAUGUUUAGCUCUUUUGGGGAAAGCAGGCCUAUGAAUUCGGGCCCACGAAAGGCGGCCCCGAUCGAGCAGAAACUGCCUUGCAGCUUAGAAGAGCUGUACAAGGGAGCUACAAAGAGGAUGAAAAUUUCUAGGGAGAUUUCUGAUGCCAGUGGGAAGACGUUGCCUGUGGAAGAAAUCCUGACCAUUGAUAUAAAACCGGGUUGGAAAAAGGGGACAAAGAUCACGUUCCCGGAAAAAGGAAACGAACAGCCGAACAUAAUUCCGUCAGAUUUAAUAUUCAUAAUAGACGAGAAGCCACACAGUGUGUACACAAGGGAUGGAAAUGAUCUUGUUUUUACGCAGAAAAUAUCGCUCGCUGAAGCAUUAACGGGGUACAUGGUCCACCUCACCACAUUGGAUGGGAGGAAUUUGACUAUACCUAUCAACAGUGUGAUCCACCCUAACUAUGAAGAGGUGGUGCCCAGAGAGGGAAUGCCCAUUCCUAAAGAACCUUCUAGAAGGGGCAAUCUGAGGAUUAAGUUCAACGUGAAGUUUCCGACUAGGUUAACCGCUGAGCAGAAAUCUGGGAUCAAGAAACUACUUUCCCCAUGAGUUUGGAAAUUGUGGUUUGUUCUAUGGAGUAGCUGUUGGGUAUUUGUCUUGUCUUGAUUUAGUUUGGUUGGCCUCUUUUCCUGGUGGGCAUAA